AAUAGUUUUUGUUAUUGCAUCAAAAUCACAAAGUGCAUUUGCAUUAAAGUUGUGUAAAAAAUAAAUUAAAGUUACAGUUCUUGUUGAUUUUAAGUUAUAAGACAAAUGUCUUUUCGGGAGGCAUAUAAAUUAGCCAGUAAGCAAUCGAUUCGCUGGUUUCCUGGACACAUGGGAAAAGGGCUAAAACAAAUGCAGCAGAAGUUGAGGUCCGUGGAUUGUAUUGUUGAAGUACAUGAUGCCCGCGUUCCUUUUUCCGGACGAAAUCCGGAAUUCAAACAUACUAUAUCCGGUGGUGCAAAGCCCCAUAUUCUUGUACUGAAUAAGAAAGAUCUUACAGAAAUUGGCGAACAACGGAAAAUUGCCAAGGAGUUGUAUGAACGUGAAGGUAUUGAGCACGUUGUGUUUACCAACUGUAAGGACCAGCAAUGUGCAGGUGUCAAACGGGUGAUACCUUUAGCGCACAAACUAGUUUCGUCAUCAGACCGCUACAACCGGACAGGUUUUCAAGAUGCAAGUAUCAUGAUAAUCGGAGUACCAAAUGUUGGUAAAAGCUCGCUAAUAAAUGUACUACGUAACAAAAAUUUACGCAAGAAAAGUGCAACGCAAGUUGGAAAUACUGCUGGUGUAACGCGUUCUGUUAUGGAACGAAUAAAAAUCAGCAUGGACCCAUUGAUUUAUAUGAUUGACACACCUGGAAUUUUAGAACCCUGCGUAGCUGAUGAUGAAAUGGGUAUGAAGUUGGCGUUAGUGGGUUGUCUGCCGGAUCAUUUAGUGGGAGAAGAGUUAAUUGCUGAUUAUAUGUUAUACUGGAUGAAUAAGCAUCACCGAUUUGAAUAUGUCAAAGCAGUUGGACUAGAACAUCCAACGGACAAUAUUGCAGAAGUUCUAGUGUCAUUUGCAAAGAGCUUAGGAGUAGAAAGAAAAUUUAAAAAACUCGAUGGCCAAGUGGUAAAUCUGCCGGAUGUUUUGGUAGCGGCUCGCAAGCUUAUCAAAAAUUUUCGAAAUGGCGACUUCGGUGGUGUUAAUCUAGACAGAUGAUGUAUUUUUCUGCAAUAAAAAUUUUUAAUUUACUUUAUAUGAGUUAUGUAUUUGAUGUCAUUUAUUGAAAUGUACAUAAGCAUUAAAAAUA